AUGACAAUAGUGCAAAAUCUCUCCGUUUUUGUUUUUGUGGUCGCCUUGACGCAGACCGCGUCCAGUUUUGUGCCGCAAAGGUCCCCUGUACAAAAAACAUUUCUUUCACGAAUAUUUCUCGGUAGCCAAAACAUACCAGAUGCCCACGGCGAAUCCCCAAAACCAACAGUGAGUGUGACUGGUUACAGUUCGUUACCAGCACAGGAUCGCCGGCAACCAGAAUUCCAAAAUCUCGAGCCGCUUCCCGAAAACGAGACCCGUCAACAACGAAUCGACCGUGAAACUCGCAAUCGCGAUUGCUUCGCUGAAUUUGGUGACGACCUCUGGAACUUGCGCGACGCCAUGAACGACUGGAGUCGGCAGCUAAUUAGUAGUCUCGCAUCGGGAACGGUAGAUUUCGAGAGUGAUGUGCGCGAAAAACUGCGCCAGGCCGAAGCCAGGGACCCCGAACUGGUGUACAUGCUAGCGUUGGCGGACGCACACGAGGCGAAAACCCAGGGUCAGUACGAAUCAGCCAAAGCGCACGAAGAACGCGCACAAGCAGCCCGCUCCUGUUUACCACAAUUUCAACUCGACGGCCUUUGGGUUGGAAAGUACGGAUCGCACGGGUACGAAAUGAUCAACGUUACGUACGUUGGUGAUACGCUGAUUGCGACCAAGAUAACCGGGGACAAAAACGUGCCACGGGGCGAAAUAACCUUUCAAGCUGAUCUUCAUCCUCUCUGUAUCGACUCGUCAAACCAUCCGGAUGCGAAUAAGCCGUUCUCGAAGUCAUCUUCACCAUUGCACAAAAUGACGGAGCCUUUGCAACCGAUCCAAUUGACCGACAAGGCCGCCCGUAAAUGGGGCACUCGGCAGCUAUCUCGCUACGGUGGACUCGGGCAAGUUGCCGAAGAAGGCUUUCGGAACCAUCAAUAUAUGGAUGGCCAACUUAUUAUCAUUGGUGACGGCUACUUUUCUUUUGCCUGGGUGCCUAUUGAGCAACAGAUAUUCUUUGGACGGCCAUCUCCAGAACUAGCUCUCAAAAUGCUUAAGAACAGCGGUAUUUCUAAGGUACCGGGUAUAUUUGACCAGCCUCCCAGCAUAGAUGCGCACGUCGAAACACAAAAGGAAUAUGCAAUGCGUUGUUUGGAACUGACAGACGAGCACAGAGAUGAAGUAGGUAACAAUGAUUUCAGCUGUAUUUGGACUGGUUCGGACGCCGAUGAAUGUUACUUUGAAUAA